AUGGUGCAGUUAGGCCCCGAGGCCAAGGGAACAGUGGUGGAACUGUCCAUCUAUGGCAAUGGCUACCAGGAUCACCUCCUCCCCGUGUGUUUGGAUGCCGCCUGUCAACGCAGUGCCAUCUACCUGGCCAAGUCAGGCUCAAGAGAGUGGGUUGCAGUGCUGUUGGAUUUCCAGUGGAAGGACACAGUUUGGAGCUUUGUGCCAGCGAAACCCAGCCAACCCAUGGCCCUGCACUUCGGGGACUACAACCUGGACGGCUUCCCUGAUGCCCUGUGGGUUGCAGUGCUGUUGGAUUUCCAGUGGAAGGACACAGUUUGGAGCUUUGUGCCAGCGAAACCCAGCCAACCCAUGGCCCUGCACUUCGGGGACUACAACCUGGACGGCUUCCCUGAUGCCCUGGUAGUCCUCCGCAACACCACUGGCAGUGGUCAGCAUGCCUUUCUGUUGGAGAACGUGCCCUGUAACAACGCCAGUUGCCACAGUGUUGGAAGGAUGUUCCACAUCCACUGGGACCAAUCAGAUUUGGGAGCCAUCCAAAAUGCCGUCAUGGCAACAUUCUUUGACAUCUACGAGGAUGGUAUAUUAGACAUGCUGGUUCUAAGCCACGCAGAGGGCAAAAACGACUUGAUCAUCCAUGCUUUGAAGAACAAUUUUGAAGCUGAUGCCUACUUCGUUAAAGUGAUGGACAGUGAUGGGUCUUUGUAGACAGCCUGAUCCAGU